AUUAAUUAUAUGUUAAAUAAUGAUACUGAUUUAAAUGACUUAAUUAAAAUAAAAUUUAUGCAUUUUAAAGAAAUUUUAACUGAAAAUGAAUUUAAUAAGAUAAAAAAUAUUAAAAAUUAGAGAUUAGAAAAAACAAUAAAUUGGAAAAAAUUUGAUUUAAAUAGAGCAAAAAAUGAUUUAGAUGAAUUGAAUACACUUUUAACGAAUGAAAAAAAUGAUGUUGAUAAUUUAAUGAAUGAAAAAACUUUUAAAGAAAAGAAUAAACAAGAUUUAGUAGUAGAAAAUGUGGAUAUAGAAACAUACAAAAUCCCAAAUAUUGAAGCUAGUAUAGAUGGUCUACGUCACUACCGUGAAGUAAAGUUAAGGAAUAGAAAGCUAAAACAAGAAAAUGAAAUAGAAUUAGAAAAAAAGAAAAAACAUAAAAUGAGUAAAAUACGUUUCACAGAUCUAAUCUUUGAAAUAUUUGAAAUGUUAAAAAUGGUUAAACGGUGGGAAAAAAAUGAUGCACAUUAGCUGUUUUUUUUUUAAUCAUAACGUUGUUUAUUAAGAAAAGGAUACAACAAACUUGACUUAGCGAGCAGACCAAGGUCUAUGGUGAAAAAAUUUCAAAUCCUAUUGAAAAUGUAAAUGAAAAUAAAAAAUUGAUCAGUUAGAUUUAAAAUAUCUAUUAACCCUAAGCAGCCGUCCAGGGGUCCAACCGGACCCGUUUCGCAGUGUUUUCUUUACCAUUACGUCUUCAGUGAAUUGUUCGAACUGCUAUUUUGUCUAAUCGUCUAUAAGAGUAGUGCGCAUAUGAACCUUAUUGUGUUUUGCGAAUAAGUCUUAAACGCUAAAUUUUAGACUACGGAUCCAUGUCGACCCCAGGACACUCUUUGUGUUAUGCUCGCCUAUUUGAACGUUCUGUUGACCCCCUCUAUUUUUAAGUGUGAGGGGGUAAGGGUAGGGACGCAAUUGGGGGUGAGGGAUUGCACGCAAAAAAUCGAAUUCUUUAUUUCUCCCUUCGACGGGUUCAACCGGACCCGUGGACAGCUAUGAAGUCCCGAAAUGAGGACGGCUGCCGAGGGUUAAAUGAAGCUAAUAUUGAUAUAAAAGAUAAUUAAAUUAUCUUGGAUUUAAUUUUACAAAUCAUCAAUAUAAUUAUUAUAAAAAUGAUAAGAUAAUCACUUGUGAAUCAAAUGAUGGAAUAAAAAGUUAAAUGAAAAUGAAUUAAAAAUUUUAAAUUAUCAUUUAAAAUGUGAUUUAUAUUUUUCUAUCUAAAUCAUUAAAAUUAGAAGAAAAAGUUGAUAAAUGUGAUAUUGAAAAAUCAAUAAUUAAAGAAUACUUAAUUAAUUAUAAACCGAAAAAUUUUAAUUUUAAAAUAAAUAAUGAAUUAAAAUUUAAAGAAAAAGAAUUAAAUGAAAGAAUUAAUGAAUUAAAUAAUUUAAAUAUUAAUAAAAACGAAAAUAUUAUUGAAAAGUUAAAUAUUUUAGAAACGAAACUUGAUAAUUUGAAACAUAAACUUGAAUCUAAAACUGGAAAAUUAAAUGUAUUAAAUGAAUCAAUAAAUGAUUUAAAAAUUAGAAAUGAUAAUAUUAAUUAUAUGUUAAAUAAUGAUACUGAUUUAAAUGACUUAAUUAAAAUAAAAUUUAUGCAUUUUAAAGAAAUUUUAACUGAAAAUGAAUUUAAUAAGAUAAAAAAUAUUAAAAAUUAG